AUGACUUAAAUAAUAAAGAAUAUCUUGAUUAUUAGCUUAAUUGUAUUAUAUGCAUCAGCAUAAAUUUCGUUGAACAUCUCUUCAGAUAAUUCUAUAGAGAAGUAUUUUAUUACAUCAACAGAACAGUUGGUUGUAAUUGGCUUUGAAGGAUAAUAAGUAUGAAUUCAUAAAUACUGGUCUAGGAAGUGAGAGAUUACAUAUUUUGCAGAAUGAAUGAUUGUACAUGUGAAGACAUGGUAUCUAAAGGUCCAAGAAGCCACCCUUAGGUUAACUCAAUUUAACAAACUGCAAAUGUUGAAUGCAUUGAUGAAAAUACAAUCACUUUUGAAAGAAAAGAGAAUGGUUAUAAACCUUAUGUUUGGAACAACAAACCUUAAGAAGAAGAAAAAAGACAAUAUUAAUCUCAAAAAAGAAUAACAUAAGAAAAUACUGUAGCUUAUACAGAUAGUGAUAUGACAGCUUCAAUAAAAGUAGGCACAGAGUUAGAAUUAAAAUGGAAAUUCAACACAGAUGACACAAUUGAAAUGUGCGUAUGCUUAAAUAAGAAGGCUUGGGUAGGAAUAGGAUUUGGCAAAGGGGUAUAUUAUUUAAUUAAGUUUAGAUGAAUGGAGUAGAUAUGUUUGCUAUUAAUAUCAUAGAUGGAGCUGCUGAGCUAUUGGAUUUAUAUUCUACAAGUGAAAAUACUCCUCCAACAGAUUCUAUUAAGGAUAUUACAUUGGUUUCUUCAAGCAUUACUGAUACAGCAGUAAAAGCUAGAAUUAAAAGAAAAUUGAAUACUGGGGAUUCAAAGGAUGCAGUUUUGGCCAAAGGAUCUUCUUAUACUUGGAGUUAUGCAAGUUCUUCCUCUCUCGUGAUGGAAGAUCAUAAGAAUAAUGUUGCUGAAUUUUCUAUUACUUUGAAUGAGUCAGGAUCAUAAGAAACAAGUCAAGCCAAUUUAUUAUCAUUAAUUUUCGGAUUAAUUGUUCUAAGUUUGAUUAUUUGA